CCCUCUCUCUUCUGAUUUUUAUUUACUCCCGAACACCAAGAUGGCUCCUGUGAAUGUCUCAGUCCCAUAGCAAAUCGAGGAUGCGAGUAGCUGCCGAAAAAACAACUUUUCCCCGAGCGUCGCAUCCCCUGGAGUUCAAUCCGUAUGCUGCGGAGGAGGCUCUAACGUCCGCGUAGGCACCGAGCAGCCGUCGGAGCUCCGCGAAACCUUCUUCAAUCCACCAAUUUGGAGUAGUUUUCGCGAAGUAGCUCUUCUCCUCGCUGUCGCUGUCUGUCCGGAGCGAGGUUCAGGCAGGCAGCUCAUCCAAAUGGCCGAACCGAGAAAAGUGCAGUUUGUCACCCUCUCGGCCUUCGCAGCUGGAGCCGCCGCGGAGUCCAGGAAACGCCGGCUGGAGGAUGAGGCCGACUUCAACUUCGACAGAGCCGGGGAGGUCGAGGCAGCGACCGGGGCAGGAGGUGCUGCCAGCAACGGUCGCCUCGUUAAAACCGGCGACAGGGACAAGGCUGCAGCCGAGAAGAGGGCGACCGUGCGGCUAAACCUGUCCCUAUCCGAGCCUGACGACCGCUACUCCGCCGAGUUUAAUUACGGCGAACUCAUCCAAAACCUCCAGGCAAAGAAUAAUGUUUCACGUAUGACUUCAGCCCACAAUCCUGAUGGCCCCUUCAAUGAUGAGGAGCGAGAGCGGCUCCAGGUCGAAGCCCUGGCUAAGAAGUUUGAAAAUAAAUAUGGGAAUGCGGGGAAGAAGAAGAGGAAGGACCGAAUGCAAGAUCUGAUUGAUAUUGGGUUUGGCUACGAUGAGACGGACCCCUUUAUAGACAACUCUGAGGCUUAUGAUGAGCUGGUGCCUGCUUCGCUGACCACGAAGCUGGGGGGAUUUUACAUCAACACUGGCACGCUGCAGUUCAGGGCGGCCUCUGACUCCGAGGGAGAGGAGGACAAGAAGCUGAAUGACAACAGCGAGCAGGUGAUUAAGAAGAGGAAGAAGAAGGAAGGAAACAAUCUGGAAGAGAAGAGCCCGAAGAAGAAUAAAGUACCCAAACAGGGAGUAACAGCCCUCAACCUCCAUCGGCCGGAGAAGAAGAAGAGAAAGAAGCUGAUGAAGGACUCGCUGUACCUAGCGACCAUGCUCCGCCGCUUCACCCGUGAGAAGGAAGAGAUGAGGAAAAGAAACCCCAAUAUGGCUCACUCCGGCCUAGCAGGAAGUGUGGCUAACAGGCCCCACUCUGGCAAUACAACGAACCACCUGUUACCUUCUAACUCCACUCACCUGCAGGACAACACAGCCACCAACGACCUCUCGCUGGCAGAACUCACCUCGGACCCCGCAGUGAUGUCACUGCUGGGCUCAGCCAAUGAGAAGGAGCUACAGGACCUCCUGGGCGACCUGGACUUCAGCUUGUUGGACACCGACCAGCAGCACGCCAUGGCGACAGCCAGAGAGAAUGGCAUACUGGGAGUCGGCGUGCCAACUCAUAAAGCAGUAGGAGGAGGUGGCCAAGGGCGAGGCCAGGGGUCUUCCAGCAGACUGUUUUCGCCGCCUCCGCUUCCCGAUGGACUGCCUGCUCCUCUUAUUAAACGCAUCGAGGACCUGCGGGUGGCUUCGCGGCAGUUUGAUCAGGAGGGCAGGAAGAAAUUUUUCACCCUGGACAUGAAUAACAUUCUCCUGGAUAUUGAGCUGCAGGUCCAGGAGCAGCCUCAUGAGGUGCGUUCAGACAUCUACUCCCACAUGGAGGCGUUUGUGCCAUGCAAUAAAGAGGCGCUCCUCAAACGCAUGAAGAAGCUCAGCCUCAACAUCCAGGAUGAUCGACUACGGACGCCACUCUUGAAGCUGAAACUGGCAGUGUGCAGUGUGAUGCCUGAGCAGAUAGCGAGAUAUAACAUGGACUGCAUGGCCAAAGUUGCAAAGCAGCAGUCAGAGGAGGGCGAUAAGAACGGCUCAGAAGAGGACGAUGAGGAGAAACCUGGGAAGAGAGUCAUGGGACCUCGGAAGAAGUUUGUCUGGGAUGACAAGCUCAGGAACCUGCUGUGCAGCCUAGUGCGAGUGAAGCUGAGCUGCUAUGAGAUGGAGAACCAGUGCUCUCUGUCUGUGGAGGACUACCUCAAGGCUUUCUUAGAGAAUGAGGUCAAACCACUAUGGCCCAAGGGCUGGAUGCAGACCAGGAUUCUGUUCAAGGAGAGCCUUGUCGUUCACAAUCACCUCACUGGAAACCUAGUCAAGAGGAGAGUGGUGCCUGGACCCAAGGCUAAACCCAAGGAGGGUCUUUGGAUCCACAAACCAUCUCUCGCCAUGACCUCCACCCCAUCUCAGCCCACCUCCACAUCUGCGCUGACCUCCAACCGCCAGCCCCUCUCCUCCUCAGAGCCCAUCUGUUUGUCAGACUCUCUGGAUGAAGAUUUGACUGCUCCCUCUCUGGACUCCAUCUCACAUGCUCUGGCUCUCCUCAGCAAUGCAUCCAAGGGUCCUACAGACAGCCCCUUGUCACCCCCACCACUGCAAAUACCGACCUCUUCUCCUCCACCUGUCACCCCUCACUACCCCUCAGGCUCUCAGCUUUCUGCCUCGGUAGCAUCCACAACACAGCAGCAUUCCCUGUCUAAGGUGGAGAGCACUCCGCUGACAGCUGCAUCUGUUGGGAACUUGCCAACAACAACGCUACCAACCUCUUCUUCUACCUCCUCUUCUUCAUCUCCGGCUGUCUCCUCCAUGGCUCACGUGCAGGCAGCAGGCCUGUCGUUGGCCUCCAGGACAGCAGAUGGUCACUAUGGUCCGAUCAAAGGAUCUGGCGCUAUGGGCCAAACCCAAACUCAGAGACAUGUUACCAUGGCGUCACCCAAUCACCGGCCAAGCAUAGUGGUGGGGAAGAUGCAUCCACACCCCUCACCCUCGCCUCCAAAGCAGCGGCCUCCUCCCACAGCUUCCCCUCUGCUGCCUCCCCAUCAGAAAGGCUUUGCUAGUCCAGUGGGGAUACUGGGAACAAUGGGAGCCAGUCAUGGACUGGCAAAGAGCAGUGCCAAAUCCAGUGGCAUCAGCAGCAACGGCAGCACAGCCAACAGCAACGUCGCACCUUCUUCUUCUCCUUCCUCUCAGUCCCGCUCUAACUCUACCUCCCAUCAUGGCUUGCAGUCCUUUUGCCCUCCAUCAUCGGCCACCUCCUCACCAUCUCCCACUUCCCAUACCUCACAUCCCACUCAAGGUAAAUCCCACACACACCACCACCACCAACCCAACUUCAUCACACCCAUGCAGGCCACUCUCACCAAGUCCUCGCACAGCAGCAACUCAUCACCCAUCAUUAAACUCACCCCUCGGCCUCCUGCGCCAACCCCACCGCCCUCCUCCCCAUCACCAUCAUCCUCACCCUCACACCCGUUCUCCCAUCAGAUGAUCCCCACCCAACAGCAACAACACCAGUUCUCUCCCAAAACCCCCAAAACCUUUCGGCCCCCCUUCAGUGUAUCAGGUGGCGGGCAAGUGAAACAAACGCAGGGCAGCUUUGCUGGAAGCCAGAAACCUCAGUCCACCACUAGCAACAGUAGCAUCAACAAUAACUCUAACAACAAGGGAUUGGUCUCAGUCUGCAGUCAUCCGGAUAAAACCCCUCAAUCUUCUGCACCUUCAGUCUCAGCCAGUCACGGGCAGAGGCAAAGGGUGGUGGGGGGGGCCAGCCAGGGCUCAAAGGCUGGAAAUGGUUGGGUGGCUUCAGGAACUUUGGCCACAUCCUCCACAACGUCACACCUCUCACAGGUAUCGACCACAGGCACUCCCCUUCUGGGCAGCCCUUCUGCUCUGCCCCUGGGCUUCGGGAUGUUGGGAGGUCUGGUGCCCGUCUCGCUACCCUUCCAGUUCCCGUCGUUGCUCAAUUUCAGCCCUCCUGGAACUUCAGGGGCGGCUGGAAUAGGUACAGCCCCCAACUCCAACUCAGGAUACCCGUUAGCACAGAGCGACCUAAUGGAUCUGUAUAAGAGUCUCCAGUCAGGGUCGCAGGCUGCCCUACCUCCUCACUUGCAGCUUGCUUUCUCAGAUGCGAACCAAAGCCAGAGUGGAGACAUGAAGAGGAAAUCCCACUGAAUGAUAACAGCACAGGAGACGGACGGCAGCCGGACGAAAUCACAGCCUCCCGGCCACAUCCACCGACAGGACUCUUUGGUUUGAUUCACUGACAAAGUGAUGCGGUAUGAAGGGGGG